UUUGUAUUUACAAUUCGCAGACCAGUAGAAGAUAGAUUAAAGAAGUUGUGACGACCCCUUGCGUGUGCUCCACACACAAGUCACAAAAGGCAGACAGCGGGACAGAAAUAAAAAGGGCAGUUGCCACAUGUGGCAGCCACAAUAACACUUGCAGCAUGUGGCUGUGUCGGACGUGUUUGUUGUGCCUGUUGCCGCUGCUGUUGGCAAUCAAAGUACAAUCAUCGCAGGACUUGGAGGACGAUUUUCCAGCACAUUGUGUGAGUCCACGUUUGAUUGAGCGACAUGGCUUGAAUCGCGAGAUCUAUGGAAACUGUGAAGAACAUAAACAACAACAUCAACAACGAAGUAAACGUCGUGUGGAUGCCACAUUCCAUGGGAAUCCGAAGCCACGCUCUGAGCUCUUGGCUGGCAAAAUGCUCAACUUUAUCAAUUUCGAGCAGACCAAUUCGCUGGUCUCACUCGUUAAUAAGAUCGCCAAGGAAUAUUUAGGAAAGUGUCCUCCUGUCAUCUAUUAUGAUCGCUUUGUGGCCAAAUCGAAGGGACAAAUACUGGAGAGCCUCUUCAAGACCAUACCGAUAACGUUCUAUCACGGCGAUAUCAAUGAGAACUUUGAGCCAAUCAAUCGAAAGUUCAACAGUCACAUCGAUGCCAACUGCAAGAGUUACAUUCUAUUUCUAUCCGAUCCGCUGAUGGCUCGCAAAAUCCUGGGUCCUCAAACCGAUAGUCGCGUCGUUCUCGUCUCCAGUUCGACGCAGUGGAAACUCCGGGAUUUCCUCAGCUCCGAAUUGUCAUCGAAUAUUGUCAAUCUAUUGGUUAUUGGCGAAUCUCUGAUGGCCAGUCCAGAGCGUGAACGUCCCUAUGUGCUGUAUACGCACAAACUGUACGCUGAUGGCUUGGGCUCGAAUACGGGUUUGGUGCUGACCAGCUGGAUUAAGGGCGCAUUGUCGCGUCCCCACAUCAAUCUGUUUCCGGCGAAAUUCCGCAGCGGCUUCGCCGGCCAUCGGUUUCAGGUGUCGGCAGCGAAUCAACCGCCUUACAUCUUUCGCAUCAAAUCGCUGGACUCAUCGGGAAUGGGUCAAUUGCGUUGGGAUGGCAUCGAGUUGCGUUUACUCAACAUGAUAGCGAAACGUCUCAACUUCAGUGUGGACAUCAAUGAGACACCCAUGAUGCCGGGCGUCCGCAGUGUGGUGGACAACAUACAGCUACAGAUUAACGCCGGGGGCGUCGACAUUGGCAUGUCCGGCAUCUAUGUGACGGAGGAACGUAUGCGGGACACCGAUAUGUCGGUGGGUCAUUCCAAGGAUUGUGCGGCCUUCAUUACGCUCGCGUCAAAGGCGUUGCCCAAAUAUCGCGCCAUCAUGGGACCCUUUCAAUGGCCCGUCUGGGUAGCGCUGAUUUGUGUGUAUCUCGGUGGCGUUUUCCCCAUUGUGUUUACGGAUCGUCUAACGUUGAGCCAUCUGCUGGGCAAUUGGGGUGAAAUUGAGAAUAUGUUCUGGUAUGUCUUUGGCAUGUUCACCAAUGCAUUCACCUUCACCGGCAAAUACUCGUGGAGCAACACGCAGAAGACGUCGACACGUCUGCUCAUCGGUGCCUAUUGGCUGUUCACCAUCAUCAUCACUUCGUGCUACACUGGCUCCAUCAUUGCGUUUGUCACUUUACCCGCAUUUCCUGACACCGUCGACUCGGUCACCGAUCUGUUGGGUCUCUUUUUCCGCGUCUGCACGCUGGAUAAUGGCGGCUGGGAGUCAUGGUUCAAGAGCUCCACACACGAAGCAACCUCCAAGUUGUAUAAAAAGAUGGAGUUUGUUGGCUCGCUGGAGGAAGGCAUUGGCAAUGUCACGCAGAGUUUCUUCUGGAACUAUGCCUUUCUGGGCUCAAAAGCGCGUCUCGAAUAUCUGGUCCAAUCCAACUAUUCCAAUGAAAAUCUCUCCCGCCGCUCGGCAUUGCAUUUGAGCGAGGAAUGCUUUGCGCUGUUUCAGAUUGGAUUCCUUUUCCCACGCGAUUCAGUGUACAAGCGCAAGAUCGACUCGAUGAUCAUGAUAGCACAGGAGAGCGGUUUGAUGAUCAAGCUGGGACACGAGGUCAGCUGGGCGAUGCAACGCUCGUCAACGGGUCGCCUGCUUCAGGCGAGUGCCAGCUCCUCGCUGCGGGAAAUCAUUCAGGAGGAGCGUCAACUGACCACCGCGGAUACGGAGGGAAUGUUUCUGCUGAUGGGCAUCGGGUAUUUCAUGGGCGCCAUGGCGUUGCUCUCAGAGAUCGUCGGCGGGAUAACGAACAAGUGCCGUCAGAUUAUCAAGAGAUCGCGCAAGAGCGCAUCGAGCGCCUGGUCAUCGCAUCACAGCUCCGCCGUUGAACGCACCGCAGUCGAGCAGCAGGCACAUGAUGUGCGGAAGGCAGCGCGUCGACAUGCCGCUGAGGAGGCCAAUCAACGCAUGGGCUUCGGCAUGCGUGAAUUCAAUUUGACGCGUCGCACACUCCGCGAACUCUACAGCACUAACAAUCGCAAUGAAUCGACGGCCGAUCCCGAGCCCGAUUCCGAGGCGAAUCAACGCGACGUGGAGAGGCAACAGGAACAGCAGCAAGAACAUCAAGAGCUUAUGGAUGAGCUGCCGCAUGAUGUCUACGAAUCGCUGGAGCAGCUGGAUGAUUAUAUAGCCAACUUGGAAUCGAUUGCCGAAUGUAGCCCCGAAUUCGAUGAAGAUGCUGUGCUGGGCUCGGAGCAGGAGCCAGAUAUUAAUAGCAAUGAGUGAAGCAGACAUAUAAAAACAUAAUAUAGUCUCGUUCGUACUUCUGUAAAAGUAAUCACGAUUAUUAAAUGUUUGGGAAUCUUUACGAAAUUAAGUCAAAACUUACCACAAUUC